CCCAAAACCUUCUUGCGAAACACUCCACUCUCUCCUCCCUUUCCUCCUGCGAUUCCACCACCUCCUACUCGGUCUCGUCGUCCUCCCACUUUAUCAGCCGCCUCGCCGUGAAUCCCCCACGCGGAACCCCAACCCGGAGAAGCCGAGGAGGUGGCCGCGCGCGCCAGCCAUGGGCGACAGCCAGUACUCCUUCUCGCUCACCACCUUCAGCCCGUCGGGGAAGCUGGUGCAGAUCGAACACGCGCUCACGGCGGUCGGAUCCGGCCAGACCUCGCUCGGGAUCAAAGCUGCUAAUGGUGUAGUUAUCGCCACUGAGAAGAAAUUGCCUUCUAUUUUAGUGGAUGAAACAUCUGUGCAAAAGAUUCAGACAUUGACUCCAAACAUUGGAGUUGUCUACAGUGGAAUGGGUCCGGAUUUUCGAGUUCUAGUGAGAAAAAGUCGGAAGCAAGCACAACAGUAUUAUCGGUUAUACAAGGAAACUAUACCUGUUACACAGCUUGUCCGAGAGACUGCUGCUGUUAUGCAGGAGUUCACACAAUCAGGUGGUGUAAGACCAUUUGGAGUAUCAUUGUUGAUUGCUGGGUAUGAUGACAAUGGCCCACAGUUGUACCAGGUUGAUCCCUCAGGAUCAUACUUCUCCUGGAAAGCAUCAGCCAUGGGGAAAAAUGUGUCCAACGCAAAGACGUUUCUUGAGAAGAGGUACACAGAAGACAUGGAGCUUGAUGAUGCCAUCCAUACUGCAAUCUUGACUCUGAAAGAAGGAUAUGAAGGACAAAUCUCUUCUAACAAUAUUGAAAUUGGAAUUAUUCGAUCUGAUCGCGAAUUCAAAGUUCUAAGCCCGGCAGAGAUCAAGGAUUUCCUGGAAGAGGUGGAGUAAGUGUUGACAAUUUACUGCUUCGAACAUGGAAAUCGUCACUCUUGAGCAGCCGCCCUGAAGCUUGUCUUAUUCUCUCUCUUUUAUUUUGUCAUUUACUGUAAACUGAUUUGCUCCAGUGACAUGAGAUGAGCUUACAUUUGAAUCCUCUUGAUGCACAUUGUAGACAAAGAUGUUGUAUUAGUCUUGCGUUAGGUGGAUGUUACCUAAACUGAUUUACGUUA